AUGAAUCCUGCUACCAGAAAUCUUUACCGAGCCGCUAAGCCUACGUUCCAGCUUGACGGAACUCCUCAGGUUACCAUUCCUUCUCAGGUUCUUAGUUUAGGACCAGAGAAUAAAAGAGAGUAUGUCAUUGGUCAGUUUCAUCGUUGCUCUCUCCCUCCUGGGGGCUUAAUUCAUGCUGUAGUGAAUAGAUUAUGGGGAAGAAGCUGCAGAAUAGGAUGUCGUAAGCUUAGCGAGACGUCUUAUAUGUUUCAUAUUCCUCACGAUUCAACACGAGAGUGGGUAGUUCAGAGAGGUGUAUGGCAUGUAGAUGACUGCUUGCUAUUUGUUUCGCCUUGGAAACCAGCCAACUCUCUCAAAGUUCCUGAAGUUUCUACUAUCCCGGUUUGGGUAACCUUAAAAAAUGUUCCAGAUUGCUGCUAUUCAAGAUUAGGCCUCAGUCAUGUAGCAUCAGGUCUUGGUGAGCCUAUGCAAACGCACAAACCUCGCCUUGAUCCAACUAGUUUGGGAGAAGCAAAGUUGUUAGUUGAAGUAGAACUUGACAAGCCUUUUCCCAAGCAAAUUGCCUUAGAUGAUAAACAAGGUAAUAUAUUCUUGGUGGAUGUCGAGUACACAUGGAUUCCUAGUGUUUGUGGCAGAUGUGGACACUUAGGACAUAAAGAAAAAAGAUGUCUUCUCCCAGCUGUCCAAGCGACAACUUCAGUGCAAGAGGAUUCUUCUAAUGAAGCACUAGGGGCUGACCCAGAUGAGGAACAAUCUCAUUUUGUUGCAUCAGAUCAAGAGGUGGUACAAAUUGAAAAUUCAGAAGUUUUGGGAUCUACUAAUGAGAUUGAAAAGUUGCAAUCACAAAAAAGUGCUGAGUUGAAGGUUCUUUCAACACCAGCAAACUCUCCUACCCACUCUAAGGUAACAGUAGCCAUUGGCUCCAACUCUCAGUCCACUUCAUCACCAUUAGCAUGUACUCUCCUUGCUCCAACUCAAUCUACUAUUAUGGAAAAAAUUCCAUCACCUAUUAUUAUCUCCGACACCAACAUGGGUUCAAGAGACAAUUCAUUGGCCUUCAUGUAUUCUCCUACACAUGAGAGCUCCUCUCACAAGGAUGGGUUCACGAGUGAUGCUACGGCAAAUCUCAACAUGUCAAGAGGUGGAAGGCCAAUAAAACCGACUCAAAAGUAUCAGGAUAUGGAAUGGAACACAAUACGAAGGAAGGGUAAACGAGGUCGUCGAGGCCGCGGGUACCAUACUCCUUAG